AUGAGUCCGAAAUCCCGAAUCGUAUACGAAAAACCCAAUGUCGAAAACACCCUCCCCUUCAAAAUCUACCAAACCACAUCCCCGGAGAAAUUCUCACUUGAAGAUGAUGACAAAUUCGUGAUAUAUUCAGGUGGACCAAAUUACCAAAUAUCAAAAUCUGAUAAUGCUGAAGUUGAAUUCAAUUGGGAUCAAAAUGUGAGUUUAUUCGUCUUGAAUACGACAAUAAUUAUUUGGUUUAAUCUUUUAAAAUUUGGUUGGGAAAUUCCAUAUACUUCAAUAAUUUUAUCUGGUGUAAAAGGUGAUAAGUUAUUUUUACAGAUUGUUUGUGAUGAUAUUGUAAAAUCGGCAUUUAUUCAUGAAGAUUAUAUCGCGAGUGUAGAUUUGGAAAUAUCAAUUAGUGAAGAUGACAGGAUAAGUGAAAGAAAUGGGGGUAGUGAAUUGUUCAAAUAUGUAGAGGGGGAUAUUGGGAGUUUAUACGAAGGCAUAGCGAAAUGUUCGGCAUUACAAUAUGAUAGUGAACAAGACAUGGAAGAGCAACAGGAGAUUGCUGAAGGACAAGGGUUCUUUUGGGGAAAUUCAACUAAUGGACAUGAACAACAACUUCCAGCGUUAGAAAUACCCAGUGAUUGGACAGUUCAAGAACCACGUAAUAAAAGCAUAGUGGAAAUACCAAAUGUAGGAGAUGCCGAUGAUUUAGAUGAUAUUGAAUUACAUGACGAUGAAGAAGAGAUCGAGUCAACAGAAGCAUUACCUGGAACUAAUGGAAUUAAUGAAGCAGGAAUGUAUGUUGAUGUUGGAUAUGCUUCAAUUGCUGGAGCCAUACGGAAGCGUGAAGAAGAAGGUCAAGAGGCUAUUAAAAGUAGAAGAUUAAGAUGA